CAGGCAGUCCUUUCGCUGAAGAGUUCAGCCGUCGUGUUGUCGCCUUGCUCCGUUUUUGGUUGUCGCCGUCGUUGCCGUCGCCAUCGCCAUCGCUGUCGUAGUUGUCGUUGUCGCUCUAUCUCUAUUGUUGCCACCAAAGAAACGCAAGAACAAAAAUGCCUCGAAAGAAAAUGUGGAGCGUGAAUGUGACGAUUGUUCAGCGUUAGCAACUUUUGACCCCGUGCGCAAUCAGGUCACCAUUGUUCCAUGGUAAACAGUGGUAGCCAAAAUACAGCAAAUGUGCUGGUGAUUUGUGAUUGAAAAUGCGUAAUCCCCGUUCCGUUGUCAUCGUGUUCACCGCGUAACCUGAACCUUGAGUAAACACACACAGGCGCAAGUCGAACACUAACACACACACACUCUCACAUAUAAAAACACAAACGGGAGCACGCAACUCUACGUCACAAGAGUUUGAAGGAGGUGGACAAGGGAAGAAGGGGUGCUGAAGAGUGUCCCCAAACCAAAAUACCUGAAAAUUGUAGUUCAACUACAUUUAAUUGAUCUUAAAAGAACUGAGGGUAGGGGUUCUUACAAAUCUUUAUAUAGAGCCACCUAAAAAAUCGUUUCGUGCUAGGCACAAGAAGUUGGCUCUACUGUAUCCCACUCGCUCACUCCUUUGGGAGGUUCUUUGCCGCAUAAUUUCGAUUGGAGCUGGCUCUCAGCCCCUCUCUUUCACUCCCUACUCACCCCCUUUCUCUAAGACUCUGUGUACUUGUGAGUUUCUAGCCCGUAUGUGUGUGGCUCGGAAGGGCGGAGUGCAGGGGGGAGCCUUGCAUGUGCACGGCCUGUUUCCAGCUUGUGAGCUAGUAUGUGUGUGAGUGAAAGCGUGCCAAAUGAAUUGAAAAUUACAUGUGGCUCCGCUCUGUCUCCCCCCUCUUCCCCUCACCCCCUACAAUUGCAUCGAAGGAGUUUUAUUAUUUAAACACGACGAGUUGAGCUAGCUCAUUGGUGCCGUGCGGCGUGUUUCCGUUUCGUAACACUCGAGGUUACAUAAAAAUAACCGUCGUCACCUUUCUGGGCUUCAAAAAUAUACACGCAUUAAACUGCAAAGCGCGGCCUAACGGUAUUUUAAAACUCACUAGCACACACACAUUUACACUCUCUUACAGCUUUUGUGAACUGCACGUGGCAAGGAUAACAAGGAUAACCAGAGAACGAGCGAGAGAGAGAGGGAGCGCGAGAAAUAGCCAAGCAAAGCAAAAAAGUGAACAAGAAAAACAAAACUGUCCGUCCAGCAUUCUUUUUUCUACACACAUUUAAAGAAUGUAAAUGUAAAGUGAGGAGAAAGAAAAGCAGAGAGAGAGAGACCUCAAAACUGGCCAUUGGUAGGCCAAACACACACAAAAACACACAGGACACGAUACCACACAAACGCACACACUCACACCAGCACACGCACGAAUAUCCUGCUUUGCCGCAGUCAUAAAAUAAUCAAGAAGCAGCUAAAUCAGGCAAAAGCAAGAGGACUGCAACGUGCUGAUGUUGACGAAACAUCUCCAUUGGGACGAAUAAAGCAAUUAGCAAAGGUUCACUGCCAGGAGGAGAGGAAGAGCCGGAAGCUGGAGAAGGAAAGGGAUGCAGGAUGCGUGGGACUCCGUGGAGUAUUUAGCCUAAUCGAGUGAUGCCGAGCACAAAAAUGCAGGACCCUCCCUGCAAAGGUCAGCUAUGUGCGAGAUAACGGGACACCGGACAGCCAGGCAACCAAAGAAAAAGAAGCAAAAGCAAAAGCAAAGGCAAACGAAACGAGAAAUCGAACUCUCCCUGUGAUAUAACUUGCACCGUAAUCGUAAUCUAGCUAUUAGUUAUCGUUAUCGAUUAAUAAUCGCCGCAAUUGUAAGCUAAGUUACAGCACUUAUCGCCGCUCUGCUCCGCCGCCGCCACCGCCAGACCUGCGCCUAACAACUAAAAACAAAUACAAAAUAUAUAAUUAUAUAGUAGACUAAACCCGACCAAAAUCGAGCUAAAAUAUGGGAGACGAACAGGACAAGCGUACCGGCAAGGAGAAGCUGCUGUUCUACACUACCGCCUUCUUCAUUCUGCUGGGAACAUUCAGCCUGUUCGCCUUCCUUUUUCUGGUGCCCUUCGUCAUAGAGCCCGCCUUCACCACGAUCUUUAUGCAGUUCGAGGAGGUUCCGGCGCUCUGCGAAACGUACGAUACGGAGAUCUAUUACGGGGCCAAGAAUUGCUCGUGGUCGUCCUGCCGCGAAGGAUGCACGAAGGAUAUCUACACGUGCACCCAAAUUCGGGUGAACUAUCGCCUCAAUCUCUACAACUACACCGAUGAGUUUAACUUCACGGAGUACCAUAUUAAUCUCAAGGAAUCCGAGCGCAUAUUGCCGCCCGUUAAGCGAACUGAUCGCUAUGAAAGAGCUCUAAGGAGUGACUACGAGUAUGAUAAUCUGGGAGGAGCCACCGGAUUGGACAUCGACCUGGGUGGCGGGCGGCUAGAGCAGCUGAAUUUCGGGGAUGCCGAUGGCUCCAAUGGCUACCUCAUAGAAGAUUCAGAGGAUACGCGGGGACUGAGUGCCUCGGGAACCCUCAUUCCGGAUGAGCGAAGGCCUUUCGAUGAGAUUUCCGAGCUAAACGAGGGUCUGAUGGGCAAUCGUUCCAUGUAUUACUAUGUGGGGGCCAGGCUCUUUCCGAAUGUCAAGGGUUGUGGCUACCCGCCCAUGCUCAAUUGUACCAUCUGGUUAAAGAGGUACACGAAAAUCGGCAUGAAGUUCCCCUGCUACUACUCCAAGGUGGACCCCAGUUUAGUCAUUAGCGAUCUGGACUACUGGCAGAACACCUUAAAUUUGGUGUACUCGAUGGCCAUACCCAUACCCUCGUUCAUCAUAUCGGUGAUCUAUCUAACAUACGCCUACUUCAAGAUCUACAAUGAGGACGAAGAAACGGCGCCGCUGGACAAGAACGCCGAGGACAUGGACAUUGAUGACAUCGAUGCCGUGGAUGACAGUGAUGGUGCAGUGCUAGCGGACAAUGUAGCCGGCAGCCAAAUCAUCAAUAUGGACUCCACCACCAACGACAGUUGUCUUGAGGGUGUUCUGCCCAAUGGCGGUCCAGGGAUGACCGCCUCCAUAUCGCAGGGCGGUUCUGUAACCACUCCGGGGCCGUAUAUCGCGCAGAGUCCGGCGGGCUCGCAGAUGACGCCCAACUCGGAGAUAAACUCGUUCGGCCAUCAACUGAAAGUCCAAAUGGCGGACGAACUGUCCAGGGAUUCUCUGGAAAACGGAGUUAUCUCCACGUCCAACUCAGUGCAAGGAAACUUGAGCAAGACGAUGACGACGAGUAUCUCAACUCCUCCUGGGCCGACGGCGGCAGUCUGAAACGUCAGGCGCAUGGUCUGGAAAAUGUUAGAUUCCGAUUCGGAAAAUGAACCGCUGCUAGAUUCGUAGACCGCCGAGCGGACAACGGACCACGGAGCAGGCGGAGAUCAUCGGAGCAGAGACCCAACCCAAGAAAAAACAAAAUGAAACCGAGAAGCGAUAACCCCAAGUAUUUCUACCCGAAACAAUCGACAACAACGCAGCGAAUGCGACCGAACCUGAAUACCUUCAGAGCUGUUAGCGGCACCUAAAUGAACUAUGAUAGAUUAUAUUUACCUUAUGAAUUAGAUACUCAGACACCCACUCACCCACAUAAAGCACGCUAGAAGUCCGGAGUAACUCCGGGCAGCCACACCCACUCAAAAUUGCAACACACGGGCAUUAGUAUCUGCACAGUAUCUGAUAUCUGGAGUAUGAACGGAUAAUGCCACAUCUUAGGCGAUUGGUACAAAUACAAUAAACAUAGACCGCAAGAACUCGAGCAUAUUGAGUGCUAUUCAUAUACCUAGAGGAAACUAUAAUACUUAUACACGCAUAUACAAAUAUUUACUUGAAUUAUUUUUCUAUUCGCAACAAUCGUCGUCGUCUCAAGGCAGAAAACACAGAAAAUUCACACUACUACCCAUUGCCCAAUAACAAAAACAAAAACUGAAUAAAGCAAAUAAAAGUAAAAUAGAACAAAGCGCGCAACUUAUUUACAAAUCGAUAAAUCGAGGCGCUGAGGUUUUUUAAAUAUUGUAAUGCCCAUUCAAGUGCUGCAAACCGUAAAACACACGAGAGGAACACUCGAAACCAAAAACAGAAAUUAAAUUUAACGAAAGAGCGCAUCGUGUAUUUAAUUUAAAACGUAAUGAUAAACGAAAGCAAGUCGAAUGCCUAUAUUUGAAGUAAAUUAACAUUAAAUUAACAUUAAAUUAAUUAACGUAAAUUAACUAACAAUUGUUAUCCUUCAAAUUAAUGCGGAUAAAAACUCACAGCUUUAACUAACUGAAACGGAGGCAUAAGAUUUUUCUUCUACAUAUUUAUUUUAUUAAGAUUAUUAACGGAUAAUGAAUAUUUAUAGGUCCUACAAAGGGUUCAAGCUAUUCAAUUAAAACUUACAAGUAAAAUAUUGCAUUAAAUCUUAAUAAUUUAGGUCUGAAAUUAAAUAUAAAAUAACGUUUCCUUUUUAUAUUACAAACAAAACCAAAACCGAUAAAAACAUUUCUAAAAUCGAAGGCGAAUAAUCUCGAAAUUCGUUGCCUAGGCAUAUAGAAGCAUCCGCAUCAGCAUCAGCAUCCGCAUCAAAAAACUGCACUUUUGCGCAUAAUGUAUCAAUGAUAAGCGGCAAUGAACUACACAGAAAAUCGUUUGUUUUUAACGACAGUUGGAGAUUGUUAAUGAGAGUCAAGCAAUGGCAAAACAGAAGCGCAACUAUUAGCUAAUAUCAUGUAAAACAGACAAACAAAUAACAAAAUGCUACUAGAAUUGAAACCAAAUACAUGAAAAUCUCGAAAUAAAUACGCAUUUAGCAGCCUA